UCCGGUGUAAAGCAGAGAUUGCGAGGAUCGCGUGUUGCCUCGGAAUGGCGCGAUUACCGCUGGCUUUUGCUCCCCCUUCACCCCGUUGCUUUUCUGGGCUGCUAUCGUGUUCCACAUAUUAAACAUACGGUUAAUCCAACGGCGAUAACGCUUGCAUGUGUGCUGGUCGCCUGCUUGCAUGUGUACGUGGACGUGCGGUUGGCUUCGCCAAUCUGGUACCAUACCCGUUCGCUAUCCUAGGUAACCCCAUCCCCCUCUUCUCAUGCAGAUAGAGCACGAUCAUAUCUGCAUAAUGUGCCAUGUGCUAUCAGCAAGCGGUUAAGAUAGAAACCCAAAAAAAAUUAUAUAAUUUAAUAAAUUCGUAUCAUUCGCCACUCUGGGUGUCUGAGCAUGGUUCUGGCUGCGUUCACAGACAACUUUCCAAUUUGAGCUGGUGCUGACAAUUCCCCCCUGUCCCUGCAUGUUACUUGUUGCUUCAUUGUUCAUGCUAGACCCCGUACCGUUCUUCAUGUCCUUCGAUCCUUCAAAUUACGUAAAUCAUGCUUCCAGAACUUCUUUUAUCAAGUUAUUCCUCAUCUGUAAUGUAUGCACUUUCAAUCCCUAUAGAUAUUGUGCUUUCCCUACUACGUGA